UAAUUGGUUAAACCAUCUAAACAUCAAGCCUUCCUGUUAAAAGAUAAGAACAACCAUGGCUAAUAGUUACCAUGUUAGAUCAAUUAGCCUGCCUUCAAGAUCCCAUCCUACCACCCUUAGAGUCGAACAGGAGCUGAACAAGCUCAAAACAUGGGAGGCAUCAUCAACAUCUACAUCAGGGUCAAUUUGCAUUGGCCUGUCAGGACUAGAAGAUUUGUACAAAGGAGUGAAUGAUCUACUCAGCAUGUCAUCAACACAGGAAAUCCUCUCUCACUGUCAAAAUGAAAAAUGUCUUGAAAAUUUAUUGGAUGGAUCAGUGAGGCUUUUAGAUAUUUGUGGAGUCACGAGGGACUUCUUGUUACAAUUUAAGGAGCAAGUUCAAGCUCUUCAAUCUGCACUACGCAGGAGAAAAGGAGAUUCUAGCAUUGAAAGCAGUAUAGCUAGUUAUUCUUGCUUCACAAAGAAGAUAAAAAAUGAGGCAAAAAAGUCAAUUGCUGUACUGAAGCAAAUGGACAGCAAACUUAAGGCAUCUUUACUUCAAGAUCACCACUUGAUUCAAUUGUUUAAAGAAGUUAUUGCAAUGAAUAGUUCUAUCUUCCAAUCCCUCUUCUUAUUCUUGUCAACAUCAAAGCCAAAACGCAGUAGGUGGUCUACAGUUUCGAAGUUAAUGCGCAAGGGAGCAAUAGCUUGCGAAGAAAAGCAAGAAAUUGUGAAUCAUUUACAAAGUGUUGAUGCUGCACUAAGCGAGAGGCCUCAUCUCGAGAAGAUACAAAUUGCACAUCAAAGGUUGGAGGCUUUGGAGGCCGGCAUUGAACAUAUCGAGAAUUGCUUGGAGAAUGUGUUCAGGAACUUGAUUAAAACAAGAGCCUCCAUUUUGAACAUAAUCUCCCAAUAGAGCCUUCAUAAUAUUGAUUCUGAUUUCUACCCCAAAUCCUGGAAAGGCAUCAAAAUUUUAGAGAUCUGCCAAACCUAUGUACAUAAAUCAAAUAAUUUGACUAUACAAUGAAAUACAGAAAAGUUUUGUGGUCCA